AUGUCGUGGAGAGUUUGUUCCCACGAGGAGCUCGUAAGAAUCCUCCAUCGGUUUGAAGAAAUUGAGGGAGCAUAUAAAAGCAAAGAUUUUGCCCCAAGUAUACGACAUAUCGAAGCGUCAUGGAACUCCCUUCGGCAAUUUGUCGAUCGCUUCCGAGGCCUGUCGGACGAAAGUCGUACCAAAGUGUACGAUAGUCGACGACAGGGCAGUCAGCAAACCGUGAAGCAUGUGUUGCUCCAGCUCACGAAAAUCUUUGAUCUAGCUGAGGAGAGUAUCAAGACAGCGUCUGCUGCCGGUUCAGAUAGCAAAACGUCAAAUCAAAAGGGGCUCGCGACAUUUCACGGCUCCCUACGACACAUGACUGUGAAGCCAAGGCCAGCCCAAUUCCCGUCAAACGCAGAGAUCGUCAAACAAGGGAAGGAACUUGCAACAGUUGUCCAAAAGUACAAAGAUACUAUGAACGGGAUCUACGACUUGAUGCAUGCACUGGAAAUGUCCAACACAUCUUGGGCAGAAAGGAGACCGUUGACUUGGCAACAAGCGGGGGGAUAUCAUCGAAAUAUCACAAUUCUUGCCAAUACGGUGAAAUUCUUUUUGGGUGAAAGUUCACCCUCUCAGAUGUUGAAGGAACGACAGUUGUUUUUGACAGGUAGACUCGACUCGAAUGGUCAUCCACCUUCAUAUGACAUCAACGAAUGGAUAUUGGAAGCCUGCUUGAGGCUCACAGUUGAUGUUGACACACAGCUGCAGCCAUCACAGCCAAAAUACAAUUAUGAGCAGAAAACAUAUCUGGAUGAUUGGGAGCAAAGUAGUUUCAAGGAUGGCAUUGCACUGAGUCCAAACUCAUGGGGUCAAGUACUUCCCACCCUACAGCAAAGGCGUCGUACCUUGCUGUGGCUCGACGGUCUCCUCAACGAGAUUGAAUCUGAACGUGCAACAACACUACUGACAGCCUCUCAAGACAGAUUUGACCCAACACUUUCCACUCCUACUCAAGCUUAG